UCCUACAGGUCUUAGUCUGCGCCGGACCCCAGGCCGGGAUCAUGGCAGCCAUCCCGUCGAGCGGCUCCCUUAUGGCAACGCACAAUUACUACCGAAGGCGCCUGAGCUCGACCUCGAGCAACAGCUCCUGCGGCAGCGCCGACUACGCCGGCGAGGUCAUCCCGCACCCGCCGGGUCUCCCCAAGUCGGACCCUGGACACUGGUGGGCCGGUUUCUUCUUCGGCAAGACGCCUGCCCCGGCCAUGACCACGGUGUCGGAAUCCCCGGAGCGCCUGGGGCCGGGCUGUGAGCUGGGGCCGGGGGCUGUCAGGAAGCGCCACGCGAGCGAGCCCAGCCAGCCCCGCGCAGGGCCCUCGGCCUGAGCCCCUGCACGGGCCAGGCUGCCGCUGCUGCUGCAGGAGGAAAAAAGUCAAUAAAAGCAAGAAAAACCAAAAAACCCCACCAACUUUCCACACCAGCCUUUUUACAAUUGUUUUUUAAAUGCUUUUCAUGCAACUAAUAAACUCGAGCA